CGAUCUGUACAAAUAUAUGUGGGUUUAUUUUUUUCCCUCCCAAAAAUUGCCCCUGUCCCGGGACAGGGGCAAACACCCCUGCCUCCGCCUAUGGGUUUACGUGGAAGCUGAUCCUAAUGGAGAGGAUAGCUGGAAGUUGGAUCCCAUCGUUGAGCUUCUGAAGCAGGGCGCCGUUGGUGUCAUUCCCACUGAUACUCUGUACGCCAUAGUUUGUGAUUUGAAGAGCCCAUCAGCUAUUGAACGUCUUCGUAGGAUUAAACACAUUGAACCAUCCAAGCCUCUCAGCAUCUUAUGCCGCUCUUUGCGAGAUAUAGACAUGUACACGACUGGUUUCCCUCGCGGUGAUGGCCAAGGACAUGCGAGUAUCUUCCGAGCUGUUAAGCAUUGUUUACCCGGACCGUACACUUUCAUAUUGACUGCAAGCAAGGAGUUGCCUAAACGAUGUAUGAGGUAUGGGACUCCAACUGCCAAAUAUGCUGCUCGGAAGGAUGUGGGCGUCAGGAUGCCUGAUGAUGCCAUUUGCCGGGCAAUACUUGAAAAGCUUGACGCACCACUGAUUUCCACAAGCGUGAAGGGCCUUAAGGAAAAUGAAUGGUUGUUGGAUCCUGUUGCAAUAGCCGAUGCAUAUGGAUCAGAGGGACUGGAUUUCAUUAUCGAUGGCGGUGUGAGAGUUGCUGAUCCUUCCACUGUGGUUGACAUGACAAGAAUAACUCCAGUAGUCGUACGGCAAGGAAAGGGACCUAAACUGCCGUGGAUGGAGUCUGAAGAAGACAGUGAAUCAGCUUUAAAGCCUGAAGACCUUAUACCUUAUACUACUUGAGAUAUGUAAAUCCUGCUGAAUCUUGUUUGCUUGAGACUUUUAAGACGACAUUGUACAGCUAAUUCAAGAUCUUGUUGAUAAUCUAAGUAAAAUGAAAUGUAUAGCUGAGGGAGUAAGACCUGUCAUGAGGAACUCCAUUGUCUGUUCCUGCUAAUUUUCUCAAUUGGGUAUGAAUUAAAUUUAGCAUAAUAUUUGUGGCCUUCAAUUUUAGCCUUGAAGCUGACCAUUGUGAUUAUCAUUAAUCUCUUUGUUACAAAAGCACCGAAGAGGGAGUAUGUUGCUAUAGUUCAUUAUUACUCGGAGUACACAGUUUUCAUAUGGCGAUUGACUAACAUUUAAUGGAGUUUGGUCUUUUUGGACGGUGAAAAUAAUAAAUGUGGACUUGCUUC